GCAGGUGGGCACGUGCGCCCUGAUGUCAUAGAUGAGAACUGAUCGCUGCACUUAUACUCGCCCUCGCCGCCGCCGACGUCCUCCACAGCCCUCCCCGCGUCGACCGCCGCGAUGAGCUCGCUUCGCAACAACCGCAUCAUAAUCGCCUCCCUCUUCCUCCCCAACACCACCGUCCUCAGCGACAGCACUCCCUCCUCGCCGUCUCUGGACACGAUCGCCACGCCGUCCUUCCUCCAGCGUGGUCCCCAGGCAGGCGGCCGACCGACGCUACCGAGCAAGGCGGGCCCGCUGAGGAGCAUUGUCGAGGAUCUCAAGGACAAGUCUCGAGCCGUGUCCCCAGCGGUCACGCCCCGUAACGAACCGAGCAACCCCUUCACGACAUUCACUGGACUCACCCAACCUCCGUCUCCUGCGCCGAAUGGCUCUUCUACCUCGCUUGUUGAUGCCCUCGCGUCGAAAGCCACCACCAACAACGUAGUCAACGCCGCAGCGAACGCGUUAGGCGCCAAUGGAUCGACAAACGGUGCCUCAAAGAGACAUCAAACGACGCAUACGAGCAGCACAGCGGGCCAGACGCGUGUGCAGCGGCGUGCAUCGCGUGGUUCGACAGCGCGCACCUCGAGUCGCUCGCUCUCGGGCACGCGGCACGACACGAACGGGGGAAAUCGCAACAUGCAGUGGCACGUGGAGAGCAACCCGCACUGCAACGGCGGGCUGAAGAACGCGGUGGAGAGCGUCGGCGUGCGACUCAAGCGCAAGCUGUGGGUGGGCACGCUCGGCGUGAAUACGGACGGAUUCCGGGAGAGCCUGAAGCGAAACAUGGAGUGGCGGAUGCGCGACGAGUGCGACAGCCUGCCGGUGUGGAUCCCGGACACGGAGUUUGUGGGCUGCUACGAUGAGUUCUGCCACCAGGUGCUCUGGCCGUGCCUCCACUACGCCAUCCCGGACGCGCCGAAGACGAAGAGCUUCUAUGAGAGCGCGAGCUUCAAGCAGUACGAGGCUGUCAACCGCAGGUUCGCGGACGCGAUCGCGAGCGUGUACCAGGAUGGGGACAUCAUCUGGGUGAACGACUACCACCUGAUGCUCCUCCCCGCGAUGCUCCGCCAGAGGCUGCCGAACGCGCCGAUCGGGUUCUUCAUGCACGUCGCGUUCCCGAGCUCGGAGAUCUUCCGCUGUCUGAGCGUGCGCGAGGACGUGUUGCAUGGUUUGCUUGGUGCGGAUCUGGUCGGAUUCCAGACGGCGAACUAUGCGCGUCACUUCAGGCAGACGGUGAGCCGUAUCCUGACAGUAGAGGCACUUCCGAAGGGCAUCCAAACGGAGGAGCGCUUCGUGGACGUCGGCGUCUUCCCGAUGGGCAUUGAUGUCGGGCACCUCAGACAGGAAAAGCGCAAUCCCGAGGUUGCGGAGUGGGUCAAUUCGCUGCGACAGCGGUAUGCUGGCAUGACGCUCAUCGUCGGUCGCGAUAAGCUCGACAACAUCCAAGGUGUUCGGCAGAAGAUCCAAGCCUUCGAGACCUUCCUGGACAAGUAUCCGGAGUUUCAGGGCAAGGUUGUGCUCAUCCAGGUCGCGCUGCAGACCACGGAGGAGAACGAGAUGCAGGGCGGCGUCGCGGACGUCGUCUCCCAUCUCAACUCGCGCUUCUCGACACUCACGUACCAGCCUGUCGUCUUCCUGCACACGCAGGAUCUGACGUUCAGCCAGUAUCUCGCGCUGCUCACCGUCGCAGACGCGUUCAUGGUGACAUCUCUGCGCGAGGGCAUGGCGCUAAGGACGCAUGAGUUUGUGGAGUGUCAGGAACAGAGGCAUCGGCCGUUGAUCCUCAGUGAAUUCACUGGUUCAUACAGCUACAGUGGAUUUCGAUCGUGCAUCCCUAUCAACCCAUGGGACAAACGGAUGACGGCGAAGGCGAUCCACCAGGCAUUGACGAUGAGCGACGAGGAAGCGACCUCCCGCUGGGAAGACCUGCACAACCACGUCGUCACCCAAUCCGCACAAGCCUUCGUCACCUCCUUCCUCGUACGCUGCCUCCGCGCGAACAUCGAGCACUUGCAGGGCGACGCCGCUGAGGUCGCCUCACUCGACGUCUCGCUCCUGGUGCCACGCUACCGCCACAGCGAGAAGCGGCUGCUCCUCAUUGACUUCGAGGGCACGAUGUGGAUCCGCGAUAUGCGCAGGCUGGGGAGGGCGGAGUUCAACCCGCCGAAGGAGGCGAUUGACGUGCUCAACAGGCUUGCGGAGGACCCCAGAAAUGAGGUUUGGUUGUUGAGUGGCUUGCCUGUCAAGGGCAUGCUCGACAUUGUCGCGGAGAUGGUGCCCAAGAUUGGCAUAGUUGCGGAGAAUGGGUGCUACAUCAGGACGCGUCCUACGCGCGGUGGCGAGCCGACCUGGGUUAACAUGGUUGCGAACUUCAACUUGACGUGGAAGGCACCAUGCUUAGAGAUCCUCAACUACUUCACGGAGCGCACUCCGGGCUCCUUCGUCGAGGAGCGAGAAGCGUCUGUCGUCUGGCGCUAUUGGACCGACCCCGAUGAGCCGCAGACCGACCGCCAGUGGGCUCGUCGCCAAGCCGGGGAGGCGCAGAACCACAUCUUCGACAGUCUCGGCGAGCGAUACGGUCUGCGCAUCAUCCCAGGCGCGAACUCCUUCCUCGUCCUCCCCAACAACAUCUCGCGCUCGACCGCAGUUGGCGCGAUCCUGUCACCCGGCGGCCCCGCGCACUCCGCGCUGGCCAGCCGCGCGGCGUGGCUGGCGCCUGAGGCAACAGAGCCGGAGAGCGUGUCCGACUUCGGGUUCGUGUUGGCCGUCGGCAAGGACCAGAAGCUGAUGCGGCGACUGAACGAGCUCGAGAAUGCGGAGACUGCGAGCAUAGGCAGCAAGGGCACCGACGCAAAGUGGAAGUUGGAGUCAGAGCAGGUGCUGAGCGUCCUCGGAAGGUUCGCUGAGGCGAAGUGAGCGUACAACUCGGGGCGGGGAGACGCAUGCAAGUCGGCGAAACACGAAGAACUCGAAUUUUGAAGAAGCAAUGAAACGUCCUGUAGCAACAAUAUUUGUAGGAGAUUUUGUGUACCGUUCUUAGAUGGCAAGUACUCUUGCGCACCGUCCUGUGUAGCAUCCAGUGGAAAUCGUGUAGCAUCGUGGCGGACGUUACCACGCAUCAUAUACAAUAGGCACCAAUACAUUCUGAUACUAUGAUACA